AUGCUGGCCAGGUCCGUGUCUCGUUUGGCCGUCCUCUCACGGCGUGGGUAUGCUGCCGCCGCCGGAGCAGCGGCCACUCCGCAGAAGAACACAGAGGAACUCCGGUUAACCUUCGCCUCUCCAGAUACGGCAUUCUACAGCAACGCAGUUGUCAAACAGGUGGAUGUUCCUACACUUGCAGGUAUGGUCGGUGUUCUAGCCAACCACGUACCCACAAUUGGAGUUCUUAAGCCUGGUGUUGUCUCCGUCACGGAUAUGGACGGUAAUGUAUUCAAACUCUUCGUAUCGUCUGGAACCCUGUCUGUGAACAUUGAUGGAUCAUGCCAAGUACUAGCUGAAGAAGUGGUCAAAAUUGAAGAUAUCGACCAAAGUGCCGCUCGAGCAGUGUUGGAGUCCGCACAACGAGAUGCUGUUGAAGGAAGCGAUUUAUCAAAGGCUGAAGCUUCAAUAAGGGCUGAAGUCGCUGACGCUCUGCUCAAAGCAGCUUCAGGACAACAGUAA